AUGGUCACCACCUCACCAGAGAAACACCCCCAGCACUCCACCACAGACCCUGAAUCUCCCGUGUCUCCAAUCUCUGACCCUUCGGCUCCACAUGACAACAAUUCACAUGAUGCCUGGAACUCUAUGCCAAAGCGCAAGCCCGUCCCAGUACCAGCGACAGCGACGGGCGCCGACUCACCCACCAAAGAAACAGAAAGCAAAACCAAGUUAGCCGGGUUCGGGGCCACUUUCAGUGCUUUUCUGACCCUCAAUUGGUAUCGCGAUGCCUCGCAGAGGCAAAAGCGCAAAUAUCUCAUCAUCGGCGCAGCCAUAGCCGGCGUGCUUCUCCUCGCGCUGAUUAUAGGUCUUGCGGUGGGACUAACCGUGGGCAAAAAAAAAUCCAGCUCGAGCUCAAAUCUCGCUCUCCCAACUUCUCAUGGCGGCCCAUAUAGCGGAGACCUCACAUAUUACAAUCCAGGCCUUGGUUCGUGCGGUUACACAAACUCCGACACGGACCUCAUUUGCGCCGUCUCGCAUGUCCUAUUUGACGCGGCUUCGACAGGAUCGAAUCCGAAUGAAAACCCACUAUGCGGAAUGAAACUGAGACUUCGGCGCGAUGGCGCGAGUGUGGACGUUAAGGUCGUUGAUCGCUGUGUCGGUUGUAAAGAGACCGAUCUCGAUGUUACGGAGACUGUGUUUAAAAAAGUGGCGGAUGUUGAUCAAGGUCGAGUCUUGAUGGACUGGGCGUGGCUCGAGCAAGCGCCUGUCUCGGUCUCUUGA